AUGGACCGGAGCCCCGAGCUGCGGCAGAAAUGCUGCGAGCUCAUCUCAGAGGCGCUGCAGAGCUGCGGCGACAGGGUCAUCCUCGUCAUGAACCAGCUGGAGCUGGCAGUGCGCGUGCACGAGGCCGAGCAGGGCAGCAUGGGGGCGGAGGCCCUGCGAGAGCUGGGGCUGGGGAUGAUGAAGCUGGACGUCGUGCAUGAGCAUGCACGGAGAACGGCUCGAACGCGUACCUGUGUCGACGAGAGAGAGGUCUUUUUGGUCUACGAGACCAGGCUCCGCAAAUCGUUGCGCCUACCCGUCUCUACCCAGGGCAUGCUGUAUGGCGACGAAGUGACCGAGCAAGAUUUGCAACGUGCAGCCAGCGAAGCGAUCGCUGCCGCCAGUGACCCAAUCAGGCAGGCCGCCUUUUUGGCGUCUUGGGCGCCAUGGCAGGCCCAUGAGCGUCGCCUGGCCGUGGCCUCCGUCUCCUACGAGAGCUUGCCAGAACAGGACAUUCGCUUUCCGCAGAGAAAAGAGCCUGUAUGCACCAUUAUGCAGGAGCCACUCAGUGCGCUGACAUCACCUUUGCUUCACCGCCAGGGCAGCGCAUGGCACCUGUAUGAGGCAGAAAACUUUCUGACGUGGUGA